UUCAGUUCUCAUGUACGGGAAGUAGUCUGAGGAAAACUACUCCAUCAUAUUGUCUUUAUAUUCACUGAAAGUGAGGUGGCAUACACGAACUGCAAAGAAUAACAGAGAUCAUUAUAGUCUGUUGCUUUCAACGAGGAAGCAAACGAACAGCAAGAGUUAAGAAUACUUUUAUUCUGAUUUUUUUUUUAUUAAACCAAGGAUCCGUUGUAUCCACAUCCUGAGAGACAUACAUAUUCAUAAAAAAAAAUUAUAUAAUACAAUAAUUUACCCAUUUAUUAUUUGAAGUAAAAUCCGCGUGAAAUUAUUUCAAACGAUCGCCUUCAGGUUCCGUUUGAUCCUUCAAGACAUAUACCAAAGAUGGUCACCAAAAGGAAGGUUUACAAGAAAAGCGCCCCAAACGGAAAGUUGACAACCUAUCUGGGACGACGAGAUUAUUACGACCACGGAACAUGGGUAGACAACAUCGAUGGUAUCAUUGUCAUUGAUCCCGAGUAUCUUAAGAAUCGAAAGGUGUUUGGCAUAAUUGUCGUUGCUUUCCGAUAUGGACGAGAAGACAUGGAUGUGAUGGGAAUGUCAUUCCGAAAGGACUUCGCAGUGAAACAAAUGCAGUUGUACCCUCCACUAGAAGAAAACAAACACCCACUCACCAAACUACAGGCUCGACUUCUUGCCAAGAUUGGGUCAAAUGCUGUUCCAUUCCAUUUCGACCUGCCAACCACCACUCCUGAUACAGUGUGCAUCCAACCAUCUGAAGGUGACGAUGGAGCGCCUUGCGGUGUUGACUAUCAAGUAACAACAUACGUUGGACAGAGCUUGGAUGAGAAAAUUCAUAAACGAAAUUCUGUAUCGAUGUCCAUUCGGAAACUGACUUAUCUAGAGGAUCGAAAAGAACCUCAACCUCAUGGAGAAAUAUCCAAGGAAUUCAAGUUUACCUCUGGAGCCAUGAAGCUCGAAUGCUCACUUGAUAAAGCGAAAUACUACUCUGGUGAAACUAUAAACAUAAACGUGUGUGUUGAUAACCCAACAUCGAAAAAAGCAAAGAAAAUCAGGCUUCAGGUUCUGCAGUAUGCGGAUAUCUGCCUCUACGAAACUGUCCAGUACAAAAACAUUGUUGCCGAAGUUGAAACGGAAGAAGGAUUUCCUAUAGAAUCUAAUACAUCUGGUUUCUGUAAAGUCUACAAAAUCCGCCCAAUUCUUGAUGCCGCUAAACGUCGAGCUGGCCUUGCCUUGAACGGCAGGGUGAAAUACGAAGAUACUGCUUUGGCAGCCUCGACUGAAAUGGCUGGCAAAGUUAACAAAGAAAAUCUUGGAAUAAUUGUAAACUAUAAAAUUAAAAUUAAAAUGACGCUUGGAUUCGGUUCAGGCGAUAUGGUUUUGGAAGUUCCAUUCAAGUUAGCCCCAAAUAGACUGAAGGGAAACUCUUUGAAGCCAGAAGAAAGAGCCAGUGAAGAUGAUAAAGAAGACUACGACUUGGUGAUGGAAGAAUUCCAGAGAGUUGCUGUGAAAGGAUUUGAAAACGAAGUCAGUGGAGGUUUGACUUCAAUGGGAGAAUAAGAGAAAAAGAAGGAUUAUUAUAAAACAGAAAAAUAAGCAUGACAGUGUUAACAACAAUUAUAUGUGGAGAUGUGAAGAGCGGAUGCUGGCCACCUGAUCUUUUAGACUAACACAGCAUGGACUUUGAUUUUUUUUUUUUUUUUUUUAAUGAGGUGAAGACAUUGUUUAACCAAUCAGGAAAUUGGCCAUAGAAAGGUAACAUUGCAUAUCUCUCAUCAAAAAUAUAUGAUGCUUUCAUUUCAUUCCACAUUCUCUGACAAAAGAGAGCGGAUCUAUUCUUGUAAAACCGAAUUUCAUUUUAUUUGUCUUUUUGUUAUCUUUUGGCUUUUUUCCUUCUUUUUUUUUUUGUCUACUUUUACCAUUCCACAUGGAAACUGCAAUCAGGAAUUAUUAUUAUGAAUUUAUGGUUUUAUUUUUAUUUUUCAAUUAUAUAACUUUAUUUUUAUGUAUUAUAUAAUUCAUUAUGAAUUAUAUAAAUUGUUAUUGUUAAUAAUAUAAUUUUUUAUUAAAGAUUAUAUAAUCUGAUGUUAUAUAAGAUAUUGCAAAUUAUAUAAAUUGUUAUAUAAAAUUUAUACACCCAGCAACCGUUAACUAUAUAAGUUAUUAUGAAUUAAAUAAAUUCUCAUGUAUUAUUGUAAUUUGAUAUAAGAAUUAUAUAAAAAAAUUAAAAAAUAAUAAAUCCAAGAUGGACAGAGAGAGAAGCCUGUGAAGCAACAGGCAGAAUAUUUUCCAGCUAAAAAGUAACUGAUAAAUAAUUAGUAUUUAUUGAGUAAAAUAUUUAAACUGUUUAAAUGGCUAGAAAUAAAAUGACAAUAUGUUGUAUUGCAUAUCUAUCCAACCUACGAUGCUUGCAUGAAAAACAAGAAAUAUAUAUAUAUAUAUUGACAAUGACGAUGAUGGUGAUGUUGAUGAUGAUGAUGAUGAUGAUGAUGAUCCAAUGAUUUGAUCAAUCAUUUUAUGGAGUAGACUAUUUUGUUAUUUUUUCUAUUUUUUUAAACAUUAGCUUCACAUAUUGUUUACGAAGUAUAUUGACUUAAAGUGGCUUUGAAGAAUUCGUCAGUAUUUAUAUAAAAUGAAAAAAAAAAAAUACAUGAAAGUAAAAUCCAAAGAAACUAGUGGUAAAUGGUAACUAACUUCACCAAAAUUUAUUCUCUGAAGUCGGUAAAUUUGGAAAAGUUUGUUUGCCAUGAU